UUGAAGAAAAAAUGCAGCAACAGCAGCAAGAAUUGGAAAAAUUAAUGGAAGAGCGGCGCCGAUUAUUGCAUAUGCAAACUCAAUUAACAAAAUUACAACAUCAGUUUCCAAAUUCAUCUUCAUUAAGUGAUGAAAGAAUUAGUUUACAGCAAAAAACUUCAAAAAAAAUUUGUGGAAAUUCGUUGAAUUCAAAAUCUCUAUCACCUUGCCGACAAGGUAGAUCUGAUAAUUGUACCUUAGGAAGACAGAAUUUAUCUUAUGAACAGCCUAAUACAAAUAUGAAGAGCCGUUCAGAUAAUAAGAAAACAGUUAGCAAAAAGGAAAAUAUUAACAGUAUGUCAGCUAAUUUAUCAGGUAGAAUAAAAGAUGGAAAGGAUGAUCUUUUAAAUAGUGAUGUCAAUGAUAAUGUUACAAUGGAAUCAUUAAUAGCCCAAACUAGUGAAUUAGACAAUAGUUUAACAUUACAAGAAAUUAAGCAAAAUGUGUUAUUAGAAGAUAUACUUAGACAGAAUCACAAACACCAAGGAUAUUCUAACAAUGAAGAUGUUCGUAGUCGAAGUGGAUCAUCUGCCAAUUCAGAAUUCCAAGAGGAAUCAAACAGUAUUCUAGCUCCAGAUACAACUGCUGCAGCAACAUGGGGUGGAUCUAGCACACAAAAUGAUUUUGAAGAUGAACCAGUGGAAAGUUUAGAAGAACAAGAUGGAAGUGAAACAGAAGCACCCUGUGAGGAAAAAUUAUGGCAAAUGCAAAAUAAAUUACAAUCUGCACAACAGUCAUAUAGAAAAGAAGCUAUGCAAAGUGAACAGAUAACUGCUUCAAGGCAGCAUGAUAAUAGAUUUGGUUCACAACCUAAUUUUAAAGGUGAUGGAAUAAAUAGAUGGAAUGUUAAAAAAAAUUUUCAUCAAGAACAACAAAGAAAUCAUAUUUCAGCAUCACACAAUCAAGAGAAUGUUUAUGGUACAAAUAGAUUACAUUUAGAAGAACCAGUAUCUGUCCAGAAUUUAAUAUCAUCUGAUGGGACUUGUAAUUUAACUGUGUGGCAACAGUUCACUCAGCAUAUCCAUCAGCAGUUAGAACAUAUGAAUACAUUAUGUCAGUCAAUAUUUCAAGAUCAGCAAACAUUAACAAGUUGUUUGAUGUCUUGUUCAUUAUCUUCACCAUCUUUAGCUGUUGGUCGAUCUUGUCCUGUUGUUUCAGAUAUUUUACACCAACAUACACACCAGUUUCAGCAGCAGCAACAAUUAUUAUUAAGUUUGAGUCAAUGUUAUCAUAUGAUUUACCUUCAACAAUUAGAAAUACAGUAUUUACACCAGUGCCUUCAACAAAAUUCAGCUUCAGAACAUACACUAUUACACCCAUCAUCAAACGUAAGUCAAGAUCGUAUAGCUGAAGACUUUACAUUUCGUCCAUGGCUUGCAGCACCAUCUGCAAAUACACAUUCAUCAUUUCCUCCCACUCAAGCCAGUCCCAUUUCAACUUCAGCUUGUAUGCAUUCAAACACAGAUAAUACUUUAUUACCCACAACUUCAAAUGCACCAACCAACAGAUUUAAUUUGUCAACUCCUAUAUCAUCAAAUUGUAAUUUUGCUAGACAGACUGCAGUAGCUGCAACAUUAAAUAAUCAGGUCCCUCCUAGAACUAGAGCCAAUAAUUUUUGGGAUAACUUUAGAAGUUGUUCACGUCAGAAUAUGCUUUCGACAUCUAAGAGUAAUGAAAUUAUUAGUGCUAAUUUAUCAAAUCCUCAAAUCCCUGAUUCUAUCCCUACAGUUUCUGAUCAUCAGCCUCAAAUAAAAAACCAAUCAUAUUCAGAGAAAACUGCAAAUUCAGAUUAUGGCAGAACAAAAGCAAGACAAGUUUCUAAUACCAAAAUGCAUGAGAAUAUAAUAAAAACUAAAAAACCAAAUUCCAGUAAGGAUCGAGGAUUAUUUUCCUGUUUUGUAAAUAAACCAAGUUCUACCCAGCAAGUUACAUCAAAGUCAAGACAAACAGAAAGACCAAUCAAGCAAAGAGAAGUUUCUGCAUCACAUGUUUCUGACAAUAAUUCUAUACCAAAUAUAUCAAUUUUUUCAGAUACUAGUAAUUCUGCAAUGCCAUCAUCUUCCAAUACAAGAGCUAGAGAAGUUGAAUCAAAAAAUGUUGUUAAUACUAGUACAAUGCAAGAAUCAGUUUAUGCAGAAGUCUCAAAAAUAAUAUCUCAAGCUGAUGGUCAACCAGAAUUUUUGUUAGAUUUUCUGAAGAAAUUGAAACACUUAAGAUUAGAUUCUCAGCAAGUUUUAUCAAGUAGUCAACAUAUGUCUUCCAGUCAAGAAGAUAAUCCUAUAAAGAAUAAGGAUAGAUUUAUUCAAGCAGUUAAAAGAGAACAGUCAGAUGCUUUUAUUGAUAAUUCUGAAAGUAUAUCAACACAGUUAACAUUAUCUGGUCAGUUUCCUUCAAAAGAAAUGCAUGAAGAUCAUCUAACUUAUGCAUUUUCUCAGCCUAAAGAAGAAACUGAAGUUGUGCCUUCUGUGGCUGCUGCCACAGGAGCAGUAAGAAAACGAACUUACAAUAAACGUGCAAAAAUUGAACCAAUUUCAAUUUCUCAAGGAAAUGGAAUUGGAAGAAAUUCUGAAAUUAGUGAGAAUUCUUCAGAAAAAGCUGAAAAGAAUGAGCCUUUUUCUUCCAAUCAAGAUGAUUUAGAAAAUAGAACUGAACAAGAAGGAAAAGAUAUGGCAGGAAUGGACUUAUCACCAUUAAUUUGCCAAUCUAAUAACAGAGCUGCUCAAAUUGCAGAAGAAGAUAUGAUAUAUGAAUGUGGUCCAGAAGGAGAAACAGAACCAGAUAUUGAAGCAGAAACGGAUGAUACAAAAGAUCUAGCUGAGGCUGAUCAAUCACCUGGACAAAGAACUAGUGUAGUAGAUCAUGUUCACCAUUUCAGACAAAUUGAAUCACCACAGUUAGUUUCUUCUUUAGGAAACAAUACAAAUAAUUUUGUUUUGAUUAAUUCUGGAUUGAGAAAUGAAUCAUCACUAGCAGCAACAAUAGAUGGUUUGGAUGAUAUUUCUGUUGAACAACAAGAUAUUGCAGCUGGUGGAGAACAAAUAUCAUCUUGUCUCGACGAUCUUCAAACCGUUGAUGAGUUGCCACUUGAUGAUAUUCCUACAAAAUUAAUUCCAUUAUCAGAGGGAGAAAUUUCAAAGCAAAUGGCUGAAGAAAUAAGUGCAGCAUCCCUCUUACAGGAAGUGGUAUCUGAAGAAUUGUCUGAUGUAGUGAAAGAGCAAAGUCAUUUUUGACAUUCAGCAGUUACAGAAAAGUGUUUAUGUAUAACUCUUACUGCAUUUUGUGUAGCUGUUCUAUGGAUUGCAAUGAAAGGAAGAUCUAGUAUUGAAUAAAUACUUGAAAUAUCAGCAUUGAACAAUCUUUUUUACCAUAUAAUAAAAAAAAAAAAAAAUAGUAAACUAAUUAAUUCAAAUUAUAGUUUUAAAAAGAUUUGUUUGAAAUAUGGUAAAUAGUCUAAUUCAUUUGUUUGAAAUUUUGUCACAAGUUUUUCUGAUUUCAAUAAAUUUUCAUAUGUUGUAGUGAAAUUUGUAUAUUAGCCCACAAAU